AUGCAGCUCCUGCUAAGGAAAUGUCCAGUUCUGGAGCACAAACCACCAAGGAAACAUCCAGGUCUGGAGCACACACCACCAAGGAUACAUCCAGGUCUGGAGCACAAACCACCAAGGAUACAUCCAGGUCUGGAGACCAAACCACCAAGGAUGCAUCCAGGUCUGGAGCACAAACCACCAAGGAUACAUCCAGGUCUGGAGCACAAACCACCAAGGAUACAUCCAGGUCUGGAGACCAAACCACCAAGGAUACAUCCAGGUCUGGAGCACAAAUCACCAAGGAUACAUCCAGGUCUGGAGACCAAACCACCAAGGAUGCAUCCAGGUCUGGAACACAAACCACCAAUGAUACAUCCAGGUCUGGAGAUCAAACCACCAAGGAUGCAUCCAGGUCUGGAGCACAAACCACCAAGGAUGCAUCCAGGUCUGGAGCACAAACCACCAAGGAUGCAUCCAGGUCUGGAGCACAAACCACCAAUGAUACAUCCAGGUCUGGAGACCAAACUACCAAGGAUGCAUCCAGGUCUGGAGCACAAACCACCAAGGAUACAUCCAGGUCUGGAGACCAAACCACCAAGGAUGCAUCCAGGUCUGGAGCACAAACCACCAAGGAUGCAUCCAGGUCUGGAGCACAAACCACCAAGGAUGCAUCCAGGUCUGGAGCACAAACCACCAAGGAUGCAUCCAGGUCUGGAGACCAAACCACUAAGGAUGCAUCCAGGUCUGGAGCACAAACCACCAAGGAUACAUCCAGGUCUGGAGCACAAACCACCAAGGAUACAUCCAGGUCUGGAGACCAAACCACCAAGGAUACAUCCAGGUCUGGACACCAAAUCACCAAGGAUACAUCCAGGUCUGGAGACCAAACCACCAAGGAUACAUCCAGGUCUGGACACCAAAUCACCAAGGAUACAUCCAGGUCUGGAGACCAAACCACCAAGGAUACAUCCAGGUCUGGAGCACAAACCACCAAGGAUACAUCCAGGUCUGGAGACCAAACAACCAAGGAUACAUCCAGGUCUGGGGACCAAACCACCAAGGAUACAUCCAGGUCUGGAGACCAAACCACCAAGGAUGCAUCCAGGUCUGGAGCACAAACCACCAAGGAUGCAUCCAGGUCUGGAGACUAAAUCACCAACUUCAGAAUGCCAGCACAGUCGUAAUGACGAGCAGUAG